GUCCCUGGGGGGCUCUCCUGGCAGCCGAGGCGCUGACCUUUGACCCCGGCACGAGUCUGACCCGGAUUCCUCAGGCUACCUUGAGAGCUUUUCUCCCAGGUUGUUCCCACCAGAGUGGUGUUCACCCCAACCGAGUGGCGUUCACCCCAUCCGAGUGUCGUUCACCCCAUCCUGGCCCUGAGAUUCUCUCACCAUGGCACAGGUAGAGAAACGAGGGGGUUUGCUCCGGAAAUCUUCAGCCUCCAAAAAACCACUGAAGGAAAAAGUGGUGCUGAUGUAUGAUGAGAUCUUCAUGACAGAGGACCCUAGUAAGUGCAGUCCUCGGUUUUGGGAGGAGCUCUUUCUCAUGAAGGUGAAUUUAGAGUACCUAGAAGGCAAGUUGGAAUCUCUUGAUGGUGAGGAGUUAAUGAAGAUCAAGGACAAUAUUAAUUGCUUAUUUCAACACUGCAUCCAGGCUCUGGGAGAGGAACAUCCAAUUCGAGUGGUUAAUGCAUUGCAGACCUUGUGUGCACUCAUUCGAGGAGUCCAUCAAAAGAAUAAGUCUACCUCUGGGUUUGACAUUAUCAACAUGCUGAUGGGCUUUGACAAGGCGGAGCUGUGCAUGAAGAAUCUCAUGGAGAGUUUGGAUUCAUUGCUCUGUGCAGAAGGUUCUGAAAGUCUGAAGAGCUUAUGUCUGAAACUUCUCCUCUGCUUAGUGACAGUGACAGAUAACAUCAGCCAGAACACUAUCUUGGAAUAUGUAAUGAUCAACAGCAUAUUUGAAGCAAUUUUACAGAUACUCUCCCACCCGCCGAGUCGUAGGGAACAUGGGUAUGAUGCUGUUGUCCUCUUGGCUUUGCUAGUGAACUACAGAAAAUAUGAGUCUGUGAAUCCUUAUAUUGUGAAGCUGUCUAUUGUGGAUGAUGAAGCCACCCUCAAUGGAAUGGGGCUUGUGAUUGCUCAAGCUUUAUCUGAGUACAACAGGCAGUAUAAAGACAAGGAAGAAGAACACCAGAGCGGUUUUUUCUCUGCUUUAACAAAUAUGGUGGGCAGCAUGUUCAUAGCAGAUGCCCAUGAGAAAAUCUCAGUACAAACCAAUGAGGCCAUCCUUCUGGCACUUUACGAAGCUGUUCAUUUAAAUCGCAACUUUAUCACAGUGUUAGCCCAGAGUCAUCCAGAAAUGGGCUUGGUGACAACCCCUGUCAGUCCUGCUCCAACAACCCCAGCCACACCACUUGGGACCACGCCACCCUCCUCUGAUGUUAUAAGUUCUGUGGAACUCCCACUGGAUGCAGAUGUACAGACCAGUAAUCUACUGAUAACCUUCUUAAAGUAUAGCUCAAUUGUCAUGCAAGACACCAAAGAUGAGCACCGGCUUCACAGUGGCAAACUCUGUCUGAUUAUCCUUACAUGUAUUGCAGAGGAUCAAUAUGCCAAUGCAUUUUUGCAUGAUGACAACAUGAAUUUCCGAGUAAAUUUACAUAGAAUGCCUAUGAGACACAGGAAGAAGGCAGCAGACAAGAACCUUCCCUGCCGUCCAUUAGUAUGUGCAGUACUGGACCUGAUGGUGGAGUUUAUUGUAACACACAUGAUGAAGGAGUUUCCUAUGGAUCUCUAUGUGCGCUGCAUUCAGGUAGUACAUAAACUACUUUGCUAUCAGAAGAAGUGUAGAGUACGUCUGCAUUAUACCUGGCGUGAACUCUGGUCAGCCUUGAUAAAUUUGCUGAAGUUCCUUAUGUCAAAUGAGACUGUACUUUUGGCAAAGCACAACAUUUUUACGUUAGCUCUUAUGAUUGUGAACCUAUUUAAUAUGUUUAUCACAUAUGGAGAUACAUUCCUGCCCACCCCCAGCAGUUACGAUGAACUCUACUAUGAGAUUAUCCGCAUGCACCAGAGCUUUGACAACCUCUACUCUAUGGUCCUGAGGCUUUCUACCAAUGCAGGCCAGUGGAAAGAAGCAGCUAGCAAGGUGACUCACGCGUUGGUUAAUAUCAGAGCCAUCAUCAACCACUUUAACCCCAAAAUUGAAUCCUACGCUGCUGUGAAUCACAUAUCCCAGCUGUCGGAGGAGCAGGUGCUAGAGGUAGUGCGAGCCAACUAUGACACACUCACACUGAAGCUGCAGGAUGGCCUGGACCAGUACGAGCGCUACUCGGAGCAGCACAAGGAAGCCGCCUUCUUCAAAGAGCUGGUUCGAUCCAUUAGCACCAACGUCCGGAGGAACCUGGCCUUCCACACACUCAGCCAGGAAGUCCUGCUCAAGGAAUUCUCCACUAUCUCCUGAAGCUGCCACGCAUACCUGAGCAGCCACUGACUGCCCUUACCCACGAGGCUUCUGGGCUGGAGGGCAGGCCAGGGGCGAGGGCCUGUUCCCAAGGUUGGAGAAAAACACAGACACCAAGUUCUCUCAGUGGAGGCCACACUUCGCUGGAGCUUGGACAGCAGGGGCCAGGAUGGGCAAGCCAGGGAUAAUCUUAUUUGGGGAAGGGAUGAGUGGGCACAGGGAGACACCUUCAGAAAUGUGGGGAUUUCUGGGGGUGGGCUUUCUGGACAACCCUUCAUAUUUCCAAUUGAGAUUAUAAGUUAUGGCUACUAAUUGUCAGGAGCUAUUGGGCAAACCUCAGGGUGAUGCCCACAUCCAUGGGGUCAGUGGCUCACCUAGGCUUCUGAAAACAAACUAACUCUCAGAUGUAGGUGGAGCCAGUUCUGCUUUGAGCCCGGGGCUGAGCCGGCCCUGAAAUCUGUGUCCCAUGCCCCCACCGGCACUUUGUCCAGUCAUUAGGACCCUUAGCUCAGGCCUUGGAUGGGGUAGUUAUGGGGUACCUUCUUUCUAUUUUCUGAAUCCAGAGCUGACUCCUCUGCUGUCUGACCACCACUUUCUGCAUUUGAUUCUUGGCACCAGGAGUACCUGUGAGUGUUCCCCUGCCUUCCAGCCCAUUGACUCUUCAGCACCACAGGGUCACAAUCUUAGCUUUUCAUUUUCAAUCUGGUUUAAACUGUCUUUAGGGUAUGUGUGUGAAAUAAACAUUGACAGGUUUUCUGAAGCCCUCAGGUGCCUACUUUGCUGGUUCCCUUUCCAGCAGCUUCCCCACCUCCUUAGCCACCCCCUCCUCUGGGAGCCUCUCUUGCCUCUACUGAGCUCCCCUCCACGUGUUCCACCCCCUCACCCGGCUGUUGUUUACAUCCAGCCUGCCUGAGAAUUUCCUCUGGGGAGGAAUCUGUUCCUGUGGUGGUCUGGUGCCUGAAAGGGAGAGAGCUUGCCAGGGCCAGGCUCUGGAACAAGCCAGGUGAGCAUCAUGGAAAGGCCGACCUUUGGGAAGUUGGCCUGUGUUUCCGCCUCUGGACAGCCUUCAUGGGACUACUGCUGUAGGCUUUCCCCGCCCCACAGCUGCCUUUGAAGUAGCUGCUCCUCUGAGCCCCUUCCUUUCUAAAGCACUUUUUAAAGCCUUCAGGAUGGCAGGGAGCAAGCAGCAUAGGAAGAAUCUGGAAGUAAAUGCCAGAAUCCAGCUGGGAGAGCAGGUCUGGGACCUCCCAGGCUACUCUUCCACUUCAGGUGUCUUUGGGAUACUUGCCCUUCCUGGGAACCAGAGUUCCAGCUCCAACACUGAGCAAGUUCCAGAGAAUCCAUAUCGUGCUGCCACGUAUAAUUGUAGAUUCUUAAGAUAUCGGGGCUGGGUCAUCUCUGAUGACUAGAUGGAUAGUUCAGCCUGGGGCAUUUAGGGUUUUCCACAUUGAUGAACCUCAGAGGAGCAGGAGCUGGAAGCUGGUGGCAAGUUGAAGUUAUUAAAAAUUGAUUUGUAUGGGACAGACUUUCUAGUGUCUUUUCUACUUCUCCUUAAUCUCUGUUACUCAGAACUUCUUCAAUGACAGAGUUAAGGUAAUCUCCCAGGUGCUGGUCUCAUCUGGCUAGGGAACCCCUUAUAGGCUCUGUUCCUCAGCCUCCUAGUCUUAGGGGAAGCCAGUUCAGUUCAGAAGUUGGAGCCUUCCUUGCCUUUUGAGUGGAAGGAAGAAGGGAAUCCCUCUACCUCCACGUGUGGUGUUAAGGAGGCUAACCAGCCUAUUUGGGCUACUUCUGGAUUCCUUUCAGGCUUCCCUGUGAAGUGAAUAAAGGCAGGUUCAGGGUGUGGGGCAAUAAACAGAGCACUUCUUGCCCUCCAUUUUAAGGACCCAUCUCUUGGCCCAUUUAAAUACGCCUAUGCUCAGAACUCCACAUAAGAGUCCCAUCUUUUCCUAGAAUUUAACCCCCAAAGGAGCUGCCCAUGCCCUGUCCAUGCACCCAUGUCUAUACCAGGUCUGUAGCAGACCCUCCAGAGUCAGGGGAAAGCCAGGAAUAGGGCAUUGCUCCCAAAAAUAAUCCUUCCUUCAGCUACUUGUCCCUUUCUCAUGCCUGAACUCCCACCACAAUUCCUGCUGGGUUAAUUGAAUCAAGUGCUUGGAAAUUAAUCCAAUUGAAAAGAUUAAAUGUGCUGGGGUCACUUCA